GCCUGUGAAGGGGACAUGUCUGACUCAGGCAGGGCUUGGGAGCUGAAUAUUCAUCAAUUUAAGGCUGACUCCUUGCAAUAUCCCCAGGCUGCUCAGUGCAUUAAGAUCAGAGCAUGACGCUGAUCAAAGGAAGCUUUACGUAUUCCAGUGGUGAGGAGUAUCAUGGCGAGUGGAAGGAAGGCCGACGACAGGGGAUCGGGCAGCUGAGGUUUGCAGACGGCAGCAGCUACGUUGGUCAGUUUGAAAAUGGCCUGUUCAGUGGCCGUGGGACACUGACCUUCUCGGAUGGCUCAAGGUACGAGGGGGAGUUUGUCCAGGGGAAAUUUCAAGGAGUUGGGGUUUUCACUCGAUGUGAUGGGAUGAAGUUUGAAGGAGAGUUCAAAAAUGGACGUGUGGAAGGAUAUGGGCUGCUAAUGUUCCCUGACGGGUCUCACGGUCACCCAAGAAAUGAGGGCAUCUUUGAGAACAACAGGUUGUCCAAACGGGAGAAGUGUCAAGCUGUGAUUCAGAGAGCGCAGGCAAGUGCAAAAAGUGCACGAGGUCUCUCCCUUUAACUGCUUCUCCACGUGUAAUAUCUGUUUUAUGCUUGCCCUGUCUAUGUGGGAGAAAGUAGCAAGACUGGGUUUGAGUUGUGAGUUGUUGAAUUCAAUCUUGUGGUGAUGCUGUGCUCUUUUUUUUUCUUUUUUUCUCCCCCUCUUUCCCAUCUUCCCAAACUCGACCGCUAACAGCCCUACCAACCCUGAUUAGGAUUUGGUGGGCAGCACAAGGCUGUCCGCAGCCGGGAAUGGGCAGGGCAGCGUUUGCGUGUGAUGACCUCGAUUAAUUUUGAGCUGCUGUUCUGGGGAAGGUGCCAAGUGAAGACCACACCUUCCUUCCAGUCAGUCGGCAGGUCUGUGUUAGGGUGGUUUGGGGACACAGGUAGGACACGGACCUGAGCACAGUAAAUGGUGACAGCCCAGAACUGGAGGGCUGGUGGGUGCGGAUCCGGGGUGAGAUUUGGCAAAAGGAAUAUCUCUCUUAAAUUCUCCGUGUAUUCUGUGCCCAUGCUGUAUCCAGUACCUGAGCCAAUUCACACAAGCCUCUGUCAACUUGACUGAGUUGAACACUGUGCCUGCCUGCUCUGUGGCUUGAUCGAAUUCCUACCUUCCCCAGAACAAAAUUUGAAUAAAGUGUGCUCAAAAACAUGGCAGGUUUUGAUGCCAAAGUCAGUAAGCAGAGGAAACGAGGAGGAUUUAUUUAUACAGCAUGUUGUGAUUUGGAAUUCUCUGUCUGAAAGGCUCAAAGCAGAUUAAAUAGUGCAAUUGGAUAAAUAUUUGAGACUUAAAAGCAUCUGCAGAGAAAAUGGUGGGUUGAAAAGUAUUUACAGGGGUACACGUAAAGAAUGGGACUACGACUAGCUCCAUUAUUCUUGCAGAGAGUAGCACAGACAUGACCAAGUUGGGGCCUCCGUACCGAGACCUUUCAGCGAUUUCUGUGAUGACUCUUUGAAAGGUCCAGUACACCAACCCCUUGCUGCUAACACAGCAGCAGUGUCCUACUGCUCCACUUCGAUGGGUUGUAUAGAUACGUGCAAUGUAAGCUUGGGGAAACGGGAAAUUGGGGAAUAAUAGAAAUUUGCAGCAGAUCUUGGACCUUGUAGGUUAUAGCAAAUUUAUGUUAAUCUAAGUAUGUUUUGAGUUUAAUAAGGGUUUCUGUCACUUAUCACCCUUUCGUGCAGUGAAUUUUCUAUAUACACCACACUAAGUAGAAGAAUUUCUCCCCAGCUCUCCUCUGUUCCUCCUGCCAAUGCCUAUAACACUAUUCCCCUGUUAUUGAUCUCCCCACUCUAUCAAGGCUUCACAGAAUUUUAUACACCUUAGCUCAAAACUACCCUUUAUCUGCACUGUUCCAGUGAAAGAUUGGUGCUUGUGGUUCAGCGUUCUUAUUUAAGAUUUAUCCAUUAAACAACUGCCCUCUAAGCAAAUCUUUCCAGUGUCUGUCUUCACAAAUACCAAACAGGAUAAUCUGGGCAAUAAGGAAUGUCAAUCAGAGUUCUGGGCUUGGUAGGAAAUGUAUCCUGGGAUUGGUCACCCUUUCAGACCAACUAAUAGCUGUUCUGGCAUUGACCACUCUUUCCACCUCCCCACCAAGACCCUUUAUUUGUAAAGUCAUUCAGUUUAAUUCUGCACACUUCUGAACUUGCCCUUCGUAACCCCAAAUUUCUUCCUGGCGUUUCUAAGCAUAUCCUACCCAUAUCUCAUUCAGUAACAUCUCCUUUGAGGUUUUGGCUUCGUGUGUCUUGCUUUCCCAGGCUCCAUCGCCUUUAUUUCCCAUGUCCAACCUCCCACCCCACCUAUCCAUAACUUAAUAGUUAUUUACACAGCCCAGUGCACCUAAUCCAGUAGCUGCUUUCUGAUCCACCCCACUCUGAAAUCUCUGCUGGGAAGUGGGCAAGGAUUCCGAGCACAGCACUCCUGGCACAGAGAUUCUUCCUCCAAUCUGUUUCUCUCCACAGCAUCACUACCUGCAGCCCAGCAGAACCGGCCCCUUCCCCUUCCCCACCCCUCUCCAUUGUAAAGUUGCCCUUUUGGUUAUUUGUUUUACCAGCCAUCAUGUAUUAUCUCAGCAUUGGAACGAUUACCAAGACUUCAAUGUCUAUUUGGUACAUCUGGCUGAGAGUUGGACCCAGCUUGGUGUAAAAUCAAAGGUUAGUCUUGCUGUGAUCAAGUGUUGCCGUAGGAGUAUGUUUUUGAUUUGUUGCAGUAUUUGAGCAAUGCCACAAAGCUUCUGGCUUUUGAGUGAGGCUAAGUAUUUCCAUUAAAACAUGCAGUAUUGACAAAUAAGAAUCAUGCUGGCCAUUUACCCAGAGGUCAGUAGCCACAGGGAAUCACACUGGCUGUUUACGCUACCCCCCCCCCCCCCCCCCACCCCUCCCCUGAUGGGGGAUACCGGCUGUUCCCGGGUAACGACCGGUUCCCUUUUUGCAGACAGCCAUAAUCAAUUUGUGUAUUUUCCAGCACGGACAAAAUGGAUUUAUGGCUGUCUGCAAAAAAGAUCACUCGAUUAUGGUAAUCACACCUCCACAGUAUUGUAACGAAUACCAUGAAAAACACAAGACUGAUAAAGAACAAUUACUAAAAGUGCAGAGAGAGAGGAAACUAGUUCUGCUGUUCAUAGGAAUGAAUGUAUGUAUCUAGGUCAGACUUGAAUUUAAUAUUAUGGGAGCUCAUUCAGAUGUAGUGGGUGUCCAUAAGUUGGGUGUUCGUAACCUGGGAACAUCCUGUAUUGAGAAUCGAGCUGGCAGUUUACCUCCCAGAGAUCCAUUGAGAAUUCACCCGCUCAGGACCCCAGAAGGCAUUCAGUUAAAAGGCAAACCUGACAAAACUGGACAGGAGGCCUUCAGUAUUGUGUUCUGAUAAGACUCCAGCCUGAAACACUAGCUGAUGUUUUGCUUUCAGAGGCUGGUUGACUGUAUUUCCUGUGUCUGUAUGUAAUGUAACUGGUCAGCCUUGUCAAUAAUUUUUCUAAAAAUCGCCUUAAUUACCAGUAAACCAUCACUUGGGCUGCAGGAAGCUGUGCUUUGUGGAGUGAUAUAUCUCCCACGUCAUGGGAUAUUUCUGUAAAGGAGAAGACUUGGGGAGUCUCUUGGUUCGAUUUGCACUGUUCUGGAUGCUCAUAAUCUGCACUGCCCCCUCCACACCACUCCCCUCUCCAGCCCAUUCACACUCCCAUGUUUCAUGUGGAGAAAGAAUUUGAAACUUAGCUUGCGUUUAUUGUCUUUUUGACCUGAGGAGGCAAAUUAAGAUCAACCACAUUUGGUGGGUCUGGAUUGCGCUUCAAGCCAGACCUGGUAAAGACAGCACAUAUCCUUCCCUAAUGCCACCAAUAAAGCAAAUUGGUCUUCACAGCAGUCCAGUAGUUCUGCGGCCAUUACAGAGACCAGCUUUUGUUUCCAGAUUUAUUUAAUCACUUAAGAGUUAAACUCAGCAGCUCCUGCGGUGAGAUUCAAACUAUUGCCUCCUUAUCAAUAGUUCGGGCCUCUGUAAACUAGUCUACCCAAUAACUCAUCAAUCCUGCUGCAAAAAAAACUCUUCCAUUGGAGUGUGGAGCAAGCCUAGGAGUGGCCGUGAUUUGAAGGAGAGGAGAAUAUCCAUGGCAAUUUAAUUUUAAAAGGGAUUUGGUUGCCUUAACUAUUGGACUACCAACUGGUACUUUGUUUUGCUGGGUGGGGAUAUGUGCAAGUGAGAGACAAAAUUCAGAAAGCACCUUCUCACGAAUGUAAAUCAGCCAGCGGCAGCUUCUUGAAGCAGGCUUCUUUUAAAUGUGAAUCUGAUAAACUUUGAAAUGAGCACAGCGCUUAAUUUCAAGUAAGUUUGUUUUUGCUGCUGCUGUGUUUUGUGCCUUUUUUUGUUUUGCCUUUCGAUGCAGUGAAGUGUAAAAUCUGGGACUGAAUGUGUUAGAUUAGCUAAAUUUCUCCCAGAAAAUUUAUUUGCAGAUGAUACGUGAGUGAUUUGCAACAUAAUUUGUGGUGAAUGCAGUGUAGGUAGAGUGGACUGGGUAACUUUGGACCUUGGAUUCCCAAAGGUCUACACUGGGAUUUCUUCACCUCUCCUCUGGGUCUGUUGUUAGCUCAUUAGUAGAGAUUGAUUGGUCUGUUUGGUCAAAAGCUCCACUAUUAUUGUAUCGUGGGGCUAUCAAAAUGAUAGAAGGUACCAUUGUAGUAGCCCUAAGAAUGACCUAUUAAUGUAACAGAAAAUGGAGCCAGUCAAUGGUUAUAUGAUGUUCAGAUGACCAUCCAAACCUUACUGGCAGAAUGUGACUUGAACUCCUUCUGUCCUUUUGUUGACAACAUUGGCUGUAUGUCUGUUCUUUAUUUCUCUUGGCAGAUCUUCUGAGCUUGAUCCAUGCUCUUGUGUUGAAUUUGCUGGCCCCAGCUGGUCCAGUCUUGGGGUUCCGCAAUUUGUCUCGGUACCUUAUUAAAUUGGGUAGUUUUUAACCCUUUGUCAUUAUCCAGUAUCCUUUCCACCAGAUUUGACUGACUCUCACCACAUUCCAAUAACCUGACUUUUAAUUUUCUUUCCAUUUUCAUGUGCUCAGUAUCUCGCACUUUCCUCGCUCAGUCUUUCACAUUCUUUCUCGUACAGACUCUCGCGCUCGCUCUCUCUCCAUUUUCAUUUUGUGCCCAUAACUUCUCACCCCCAACAAGCUAAGUAUCUUGUCCUUCCUUCACCUCACAACUUUCUCAGAAUUGGGGAAACUUCCCAGUGAUUGUGUUGCUGCCAUUAAUCUGUAACAACCAGCUUGAAAUUUUUUUUUUGAUAUUGUUCUAAAAGGGCUGGAUUCCUUUUAAUGUUUGAAAUUGCUGCUUCAACCCUGGUGUUCCAAUGUGAUGUAAAACAAGCAGGGAGAUUCAUUAACCAUGACUGUCAAAACUAAAUCCAAACUAACUGUCAGUCAAGGUGAAACAUGGUGCUUUCUUAUUACUUGACUAUUUAUUUAUACACCUUCAGUAUCUGUGAAGAGUUGUGAAUUUUAUUGCACAUUUAACUAAAGGGACAAUUAAAUCAUGGAAAUGUAUUAAUGUCACAUUCUUACAUGGGCUGCCUUUUUUAAUAAGUCUUAUUUUUCAAGUGCGAUUAAAUAUUUGUUGUGAUUACAAACUGGUGUGUUCAAAUG